CUGGACCGGGCCGGGCCGCGCCGCGCCGCGCCGCCGGGCCGGGAGGGGAGCGCGCAAAGUGGGGGGGAAAGCCCGAGAACUUCCCGUCUGCCCGUGUGCGCCUGGCCCCGCCGGGCUCCGCGGAGUCCCCCCUGAGAGAUGUCCGAGACUCCUGCUCAGUGUUGCAUCAAGCAGGAGAGAAUUUCGUACACCCCUCCAGUGAGCCCGGCACAGAGUUACACCUCGACCCCACUCCAUGUGCCAGUGCCUCAAGCCAUCAGGAUGGAGGAGGAUGGGAUCAGACUGCCAGCACACCUGCGUUUGCAGCCCAUUUACUGGAGCAGGGACGAUGUGGCCCAGUGGCUCAGGUGGGCAGAGAAGGAAUUCUCCUUGAGGCCCAUCGACAGCAGCGCUUUCGAGAUGAACGGCAAGGCCCUGCUGCUCCUGACCAAAGAGGACUUCCGGUACAGGUCCCCUCAUUCAGGUGAUGUUUUGUAUGAACUCCUGCAGCAGAUCCUGAAGCAAAGGAAAGCUCGGAUGCUCUUCACACCUUUCUUCCACCCUGGGAACUCCAUCCAUUCUCAGCCAGAGGUCACAUUAAACCAGAAUCACGAGGAAGAUAGCUUUGUCCAGAGACCUUCCAGACCAUCCACAGAAACAGUCCACCACAACCCCCCAACCAUUGAACUGUUGCACCGUUCCAGAUCACCCCUCACCAACAACCACCGUCCAUCGCCAGACCCUGAUCAGCGGCCGCUCAAGUCCCCCAUGGACAGCACUCUCCGCCGCCUCUCCCCGGCCGACAGGGUGCCAGGAACGAGGCAUCAGCACGAGAACAGCCAGCAAGAGCCUUACCCUCUCUCGGUGUCCCCAGUAGAAAACAACCACUACCCACCUCCUUCUGAAGUGCUCCAAAAGCCCCCCAGCCCCCGCCAGGAGAACACCAGGGUCAUCCAGCUGAUGCCCAGCCCUAUCAUGCAUCCUUUGAUACUGAACCCCCGGCACUCCGAUUUCAAACCGCCCAGGUUGUCUGAGGACGGGCUGCACAGGGAAGCCAAGCCAAUCAACCUGUCCCACCGAGAGGAGUUCGCUUACAUGAACCACAUCAUGGUGUCCGUGUCCUCUCCGGGGGACCACACGAUGCCGAUCGGAAGGAUAGCAGACUGUAGGUUGCUUUGGGAUUAUGUUUAUCAGCUGCUUUCUGACAGCCGGUACGAAAAUUUCAUCCGAUGGGAAGAUAAGGAAUCCAAAAUAUUUCGGAUAGUGGAUCCCAACGGGCUGGCCCGGCUGUGGGGAAACCACAAGAACAGAACAAAUAUGACUUAUGAGAAAAUGUCCAGAGCUCUACGCCACUACUACAAACUAAACAUUAUCCGGAAGGAGCCGGGACAAAGGCUUUUGUUCAGGUUCAUGAAGACCCCAGACGAGAUCAUGAGUGGCCGAACGGACCGGCUCGAGCACCUUGAAUCCCAGGAACUGGAUGAACAAAUCAUAUACCAGGAAGAUGAGUGCUGAAGGAAACAGGUGCAGCACCUCUGUGGGUCCCUGGCAGGAACAUCUGCCCGCAUGGUUGGCAUGGUUUGGGAGGGGAAGGAGCGACACAGAAGCAGUACUUGAGGUUGCCGCUUAGCUUGAAAAACCACACAGGACCUGAAGCACCUUAACAAAACAAACAGGCAGAAGUGGUGCUGGCAGAAAAGCAAAGGGGAGAAAGCCUGGACUUGUGCACUACUUCGCUGUUCCUACAAAGUCUCCCUUGAGUUCUUUACUUUUUUUUUGUUUGUUUGUUUGAGUUGGGGGGGGUGUUGUUUUUUUUUUUUUCCCCUAAUAAACAUGCAGUUUGACUUUCCUUAUCUCACAUAGGACAAGAUGUCAGAUUAUGCUGCCAUUUUUUUUUUUUUUUUAAUGCUUUCCUAUGGAAAUAGAGUGCUUUUAUUUUCUGUGCAAGCCUCGUGACACAACACUGCGUAAACAACAGCAAUACAGGAGGGAUUUGCUCAAGGCUUCCGGUUUGCUCGGAUCAAUUUACACGUGCUGCUGCUGGGAAAUGUGCUGAAGCCACCAAAAGAAUUUACCACACGUACCUGUCAAAUGAUGAGGAGACACCCUUCACAUCUAGGCUGGGCCAUCAUCCCAGCAGAGCUUGGGCUCACAGUGGCUGUUGACUGCUGGAAUAUGGACCAAAACCAAUCACCUAAGUGCUCUGGGGAGGAGAAAAGUGUGACAAACCUCUGCAACAGACUAUCAGUCAGUAUUUUCCCUCUUUCUAGCAAGGAAGUGAUAGACUGGAGCAGGGGAAAGGGUGGGCAGGGACGAAGAAAUAUAUGUGUAUAUAUAUAAAAGUUUCAUAUAUAUAUAUGUAUAUAUAUAUAUAUUUAUAAACCUCCCCAAUGUUCUCCACAAUGCAGAAUUUCAGCUCAAAGCUUUUUCCCUUUUUAGGGAAGACUGAAGCAUCUGUAAUUAGAAAAGGAAGGGGUGUUUCUCAUACCUGCUAGCAAUUAGGGGGUGAAAGGUGAAGGACUUCUCCUUACAUCACAGGGAGAGAGCAAAGGGACUCAUCACGUGGUUUGUAUUACUCAGAAGCCUCUCCAAGAUCAUUUUCUGCUGCAGGAGAGGUAGAUGAUUCACCAGUCUGAGAGGUGAUAUUAGAGAACCAGAGACCAAAUAGCUGUACUUAUAUCUUGUAGUUGAUUUUGGCUUGCUUUGUUUUCAGAUUUGGGGUUUUUUUUUUAUGCCUCCUACUAUCCCCCCCCCCAUCCUCCAGCUCUGCCAUGAAGGAAGCUUGUCUCAGCCUGCCUGUUUUUAACAUGAUUUAAAAGACAAG